AUGAACAGUCGCCUCGACAAGAACUCCUCGCAGGUGAGGAAGAGAAUCGAGAGUCAUGAGUUCGUAGACGAGGAUGGCGAAGAAUAUGAGCGCAGCGCUUUCGGCGGCUUCGGCGAUUACUUUAGGCGCAAGAAGAUCAAGUUGCAAAACCUGGAUGCGGACAUACGAGCUGCUUCGACCGACAAGCCUCAGAUUUUCAAGGGCGUCGUUGCGCAUGUUAUGGGCUAUACGCAACCGCCGCUUCACGUAUUGCAUCGUGAGCUUGUUCAACAUGGCGCAGGCUUCUUGCAGUACCUGGACUCAAAGACCAUGGCGACACACAUCAUCGCGUCUUCUAUUCCACCCAAAAAGUCCGUCGACUACAGCAAAUACAGGAUUGUGAAGCCCGCCUGGGUCACCGACUCGGUUGAAGCCGGUAGAUUAUUGCCUUGGUCGGACUACCGCGUGAACAACAAUGAUGGGCCACGCCAGAAGGUUUUCAAGCUCAAUGACUCCAGAACCCUCAGCCAGACGACUCCGCAAGCCAAAAGGGGAUACAGAGAACAGACGGACGCCAGCUUUUACACCAGCCAGUUCAAAGCAACCGCCGGAAGUCCUGCAACACCUUCGUUGAGUCGGUUCGCAGAGCGCGCCGAGUCGCCUCUUGCUCGUUCCCAUGCUCGCGACUCCAACAGCCCUUCGAUCCCACAGUUUGUGAAGGGGCCGCCACUCAAAGGCAAAGACGAUGUUGAAGAGUUUGACGACAUGGAAGUUGACGAGUUAAUGGUCGACUUUGUUCCCGAAGAAGACAAAGUUCCCAAAAUCGAGAAAUCUGACGUACAAUCUAUACCAACCGCGGUUGAGAAGCCUAAGCAAGGAACCAAAAUGCCAGAGAGUAUGACAUCAGAAGAGCACAACGCCGCGCUUCUGUCGGAUCCCAAGAUAUGGAAGUCGUCAACAGCAAACCCUGAUUUUCUGAAGCAAUUCUAUUCUGAAAGCCGCCUCCAUCAUCUCUCCACCUGGAAAGCAGAGCUGAAGUCAAGAAUGCAGAAUCUUGCCAAAGAGAAAGGGGCGUCUCCCAAGACCAUCAAGAGAAAUGUAGGGUCGCGGCGUUACAUCAUCCACGUCGACUUUGACAGCUUCUUCUGCGCCGUCUCCCUCAAGAAAACCCCUCAGUAUGUUGACAAGCCGACUGUAGUUGCUCACAGCAGCGGGACAGCCUCUGAAAUAGCAAGCUGUAACUAUGUUGCGCGCAAGUUCGGAGUCAAGAACGGCAUGUGGAUGAAGCGGGCGCUGGAGCUGUGCCCGGACAUCAAAGUGCUGCCUUACGAUUUCCCUGCCUACGAAGACGCAAGCCGAUUAUUCUACGAGUCGAUCCUCGAGCUGGGGGGGGUUGUUCAGAGCGUCAGUAUUGAUGAGGCGCUUGUCGACAUAACCUCCAUCGUUCCUUCCACUGCGAUAUCCGACAGCACUAGAGUCGACGAAGAUAGCAGCGUAUCGAUGGAGCAAGAAAGGGCCGAACAGAUCGCGCUCGCGCUUCGGAACAAGAUAAAGGAAUCGACUGGUUGUGCGGUAUCAGUAGGCAUCGGAGGCAACAUCCUACUUGCCAAGGUUGCUUUACGGCGAGCGAAACCCGCGGGACAAUUUCAGAUCAGGCCGGAACAAGUUCUCGACGUUAUCGGAGAACUCGAGGUAAAGGAUCUGCCUGGAGUUGCUUAUAGUCUGAGCGGGAAGCUCGAGGAAAUCGGCGUUAAGUUCGUCAAAGACAUCCGACAAGUGUCCAAGGAGCGAUUGUCUUCGUCACUGGGCCCAAAAACUGGAGAAAAGCUGUGGGAGUAUGCUCGGGGCAUCGACCGCGCCGAAGUCGGAGAGCAACCACCGCGGAAGUCUGUCUCGGCCGAAGUGAACUGGGGCAUCCGCUUCAUCAACCAGCAGGAAGCUGAAGAGUUCAUUCUGAACCUCUGCAAGGAACUGGAACGUCGCCUUCUGAACGAGCAAGUCAAGGGAAAGCAGUUCACCAUGAAAAUCAUGCGCCGGGCCCUGGACGCACCCCUAGAUCCACCGAAGCACCUGGGGCACGGAAAAUGUGACUCUUUCAGCAAGAGUAUCUUGUUUGGCGUGGCAACGCACAAUGCCGAGACCAUCGCGAAGGAGGCCGUGUCGAUACUUCGGUCUUACAGAUUUACCCCGGGUGACCUUCGAGGUCUUGGUGUCCAGUUGACGAGACUGGAGCCGAUUAAGUCUGGCGCGGCCGGGCCUGAGAGCAGUCAACGGCGGCUGGCAUUUCCCAGCUUUGGCGGCCAAUCCGGGGCAAAAAAGGCUUCGGCAGAUCCGAUCGAAGAUUCGCGGAGCCCCCAGAGGCUGAAGUCUACUCAGAGUCGAGGAGGAGGAGACGUAGCACAGGACCCCAUUGCGGAUGACCCCUUGACACCAAGAAAACCCAAGGUGCACCCUGCUUUGGCACUAGCACGGGCCGGUGAAAAUGAUGCAAAGGCACAAACGCCAUUGAACAUCAUGGGGACCCAAUUCAUCCUCCCUUCGCAGGUCGACCCAGCCGUUUUGGCUGAGUUGCCAGGCCACAUUCGGGCUAAGCUGCAGAGAGGCCAGAGGCUCAAGUCGGAGCCCAGGAGGCAGGCAUCUCCACAGAUCAAGUCAAGGAGCAAUAGCCCCGCUGUGCAAGAUGAGAUACCCUCACAGGUCGACCCAGAAGUCUACAACGCUUUGCCCGACGAUAUGAAAGCAGAGGUUCUAGCACAGUAUGGCCGAAGAAAUGUCCAGCAAACCCGCCUGCCACAGUCACCGCACAAGGACAGGUUUAUCCAACCGAAAAAGGUCACAACCCCAACAAAGAGAGGUGGUAGAAGCCUAUUCAACAACGCCAGGGAGAGGCAGCAGGAUGCAGCAGCAAACCGCCUACAGACAAAUUUCCUGCCAAACAAAGACGCCGGAAACCCCCAUGAAGAGCUGGACGAGCUGGAUCAGGAAUUUCUUGCGGAACUACCCGAGGAUGUCCGCAAGGAAAUCAUUGAGGACCAUCGCAAGAAACGGCUGGCGAAGCGAUCCGGGCUCCUGUUCAACGCUCCCUCUCGGCGGCAACACGGCGGAGGGGAGCUGGGCGAGCCUCUGCCUGCCGGGCAGACCAAGCUGCAGUUCCCAGCACCGCCGCCCAGGAUUGACUUUAUGGGUUCCGCUGUGAAGUCGGUCCAGGAGAUCAAGGACAUGCUCGAGGCGUGGCACGACGGGACCCGGUACGACGGCCCCCACCGGGAGGACGUCGUCGUAUUCGAGAAGUACCUGGCGAAGGUCGUGUUGGAGGAGAGGGACAUGCGCAAGGCUGCGAAGCUGGUGCAGUGGCUCGAGUGGCUGGUCGAGGAGGACGGCAGCGAGGGGAGAGGAAAACAGGGAUGGAGGAGGUCCAUGACGGACAUCAAGGUGGAGGUUCAGAAAGCCGUCGAGGACAGGGGCUUGGGUCCUCUGAGGCUUUAG